CACCACUCAGCCCAUCUUCAAUCCCCACCAAUUUGCUCUAUCACACCAUCAUGCCUGGUAGCUCAGAAAGCCGAUGUAUCAGACUUGAAGUCAUUAGUGGAAAGAAUCUUCAAGUUCCCUCCUGGCGCAACCCUGCUGGCAUCUACGUAUCCAUCAAUGUCGACUCCAGGGGGCGCUGGAAAUCAGCCAUCGGUGUCUUAUCAUCUGAUGAAUCUGUAGUGUGGGGGAAUUCUAUAACUCUAUCAUCACACUCCUUACCUGUACUGUCAGUGGAGAUCAGGGCGUCCUUUGAGCUUGGUCGACCGCUAGGCGGUGGAGAGGUCAUCGGCGAACUUCAGAUGUUGCGGGAUGAGCUACUCGAUCAUGAAGAUGAGCCAUUUGAUUUAUUCUUCCCAUCCGUGCGCGGUGUUCACCCUUCCCUCAAGCUGAAGGCCGUCAUUGUACAUGCUUGCGACGAUCAGGACGACGCACUGUUUGAUUCCCUCGUAGACUGCGAGAUUGCUCGAGACACAGAUGCGGGUCACACACAAUUUGCCGCAUACAUGACAAGCAAGAAAGUCUCUCAUCUGAACGACGCUGUAGACCAUUUUCAGUUGGUUCUGGACCAGUGUCCGGCCAGCCAUCCAGACCAUGCCACGGCUCUCACCAACCUCGCGUGGGCCCGCCUUGAAGGCUAUAUCUUAAAUGAUCUCGAAGACAUCGAUGCCACUACUUCCCUCUUCCGCGACACCCUUGCAUUGCGUCCGCAGCACCAUCCCGAUUAUCCCUUAUCUCUAUACAAUCUCACCCGAGCGCUGACUUGGCGCCACUCCAAGAAAAGUACUGCUGCCGACAUUCGCGAAGCCGCCCAACUCUAUCAUGAACUAUUGCCUCUCUUCCCAGAGGGUACCUACCUUUAUAGCAUCGCGGCAGGGAAGAACGGUGUCGAUCAUGUGAUUGGCAGCUGCAACGAACUUCCAAAAGAUGCAUCUGAUGAGGGCAUCCACUUUCGACGAGUCGUUCUCGAUCUCUGUCCUCUGGGCCAUCAACUCCGUCCAUCAAUACUUAAUAAACUUUCAAGUGCUCUCAGAUCACGGUUUACACAACGAGGCCACAUUGAUGAUUUAGACGAAGGCAUACUGUUUCGACGUGAAGCCGUGUCUCUGUGUCCCGAGGGACAUGCUAACCGUCAUACCUACCUGAACAACUUGGCCUUUUCACUCGUAUCCCGCUUUAGGUACCAAGGCAAACCUAAUGACCUCGAUGAGGCAAUCUCUUUACAUGAAGAAGCGCUGCGUCUGUGCCCUGUUGGGCACAAAUCUCGUGAUUACUCAUUAAAUACCCUAGGGGGCGCUCUCAUCGUCCGUUUCAACAAACGCGGCGACAUUGAUGACAUCACCCAAGCUAUCAGUCUCCGUCGCGAGGCACUGAUGUUGACCCCACCUGGGCAUCCACAUCGUCACACCACGCUUAACAACCUUGCCCUCACGCUCCAAACCAGAUGUAACAAAUCGCAUGUUAGAGAGGAUCUUAAUGAAGCCAUUGAUUUGUAUCGCGAAUCCCUUCGGCUAAAUGGGCUUGACAAUCCAGGGUACCCCGCAACUCUUUUAGGUUUGAGCUCGGUGCUCUGCUCUCGUUUCAAGCAAACUCAGAAGAAUGAAGAUGUCGAGGAGGCCAUUGCUCUUUGCCAACAAUCAUUGGCGGCUCUGUCUUCACUGCACCCGGGCAGGUAUUUCAGCUACGUGUGGCUAAAGGGGGCCUAUUUGUCUCGUCACGAGAUUCGACAUGACCCUGCUGAUUUACUGCUCGCUAUAGAGAACUUCAGACUUGCCUCGCGGCACCCCACUCAAGGACUCCCACAACGCAUUGCGACAGCACACAAAUGGACCAUUGCCGCGGAGCAGCAUGGUCAUGAAUCCGCAUUAGAGGCAUACAGCACGUGUUUCGAGCUUCUUGAUGGUCAUUUGGCAACGCGAUCAUCGACUAUUUCACGACGCGAAGCUGCUGCUGCCUUCAAUGGUGUCAGAUCGCUACCUGUAGAUGCAGCCUCAUGUGCCAUAUGUCACGACAAUCUACGACAGGCAGUUGAACUCGCAGAGCAGGGCCGUGGCCAGCAAUGGUCGCUGGCAUCUCGACUCAGAACUCCAGUUGAAGACCUCGAGUCAGCAGAUCCGACACUGGCGCGCGAUUUUUCGGAGCUGAGCAAACGCGUUUCCAAUGCCGCACAGAGUUCUGCAACCAUCACCGACAGAACUGCUGCUGAUCGAGCAGCAACAGAAUAUAGGAGACUUACAAGGCAAUGGGAAGCAGCGGUAGCUGAGAUACGCAAUCUUCCAGCGUUCUCGCGGUUCCUCCUCCCACCUUCAUACAAGGACCUCCAAGCCGCAGCACGCCAAGGCCCGGUCAUCAUCCUCAUUGCGAGUCAAUACUCGUGCAGCGCCAUCAUUGUCCCGACGUCAGGAGACCCCCAUCAUGUUCCUUUGCCGUCCAUCGCUCUCGCAGAUCUCAAGAUUCUCAAGGAUCGCUUCACCAGGGCAAUACGAGAGUCAUCUCGGAUGAACCCACGGGAGUCGAGGACGGAUCUAAUAGUGCUCUUACGGAUAAUAUGGGACCAGAUCAUGCUACCCAUCGUCGACGUACUCGAGCACGUCCUCAAACUACAGCGCCGCUCUCGAAUCUGGCUGUGUCCCACUGCAGCUUUCACGUCCAUUCCUCUUCAUGCAGCUCACCCGUUUCAAACAAAGCCGGAUCGUUCUGGGAAGGAGCCAUGCCUGGAGGAUAUCUACAUCUGCUCUUACACCCCGACACUUUCUGCUCUGAUCAGAUCUAGACAGUCGAUGAAGAAGCGCGUGCCUCCGUCCUUUGUGGCGAUCGGACAGGGUCAACCGGGUGCAGGGAAAGGCAAGGCGCUCUUAGCUGUCGACAGCGAGCUCGAGCUCGUCCAUAAGCUUGUCCCCGCGACGGCCAACCGCACCACUAUCUCUGGCGAUGAAGCCACACGAGCAGGUGCACUCGAAGCCUUGCAGCAGAACACCUGGGUGCACCUCGCUUGUCAUGGCAAGCAGGACCCAAAGCAGCCUUACGAUUCGCAUUUCGUCAUGAAAGACGAACAUUUGACGCUGCUCGAUAUCAUGGAGAGACAUAUUCCACAGGCCGAGUUCGCGUUCUUAUCGGCUUGUCAUACCGCUGUAGGCGAUGAGGAGACGCCCGAUGAAGUGAUCCACCUCGCAGCUGGUAUUCAGUUUUCAGGGUUCAAGAGCGUCGUUGGCACGCUGUGGGAGGUCGACGAUUCUGUCGCGAAACACGUCGUAGAAGCUUUCUACGGGUAUAUGUUUGGAGAUUUGCAGAAAGGUGGUGUCAUGGACUGCACGAGGGCAGCCUGGGCACUCAACCGUGCUACGCACACGGUGAAGACGAAAGUGCCGCUCGAGCAGAGAAUGGUUUUUGUUCAUAUUGGUGUGUAGUUGUACGUCGCAUUGCUGUCGUCUGGUAUAUAUUCACAUGUUAAUCUGAGACCCUCUUUCAUUCUGUUGUACAAAUGACCCUGAUGCAUGUUUCUUCACUCUAGCUAUAGUCUAUUUCGUAUAUAUUGUCGUGUUUUUGUCGACUAGAAUGUUUCACCAAAGUUCUUGUGUACUCAACUUUGACUCAACUCGUCUUUUGCUUGAGUACUUAGAUAGUAG